GGCACUGGGACCACAGUUUUCCACAAGGAGGAAUGGAGGAGCGCGUAAACUGAAGGGGAAAUAACUUUCGUCAGCUCUUACACUAGUGUGUCACAUCAUUCAAUAUUCUUCCCGUUUUUAAACUUAGAUGUGCGUAAGGACGCUGGGUGAAAUCUUAUUUUCUUCAGCACAUACCGGUGCCAAACGCGUUAACCUGUGCGCCAAAAGAGCGGCGAUGCGCCUUGCCGUAGUGAGCGGAGUCUUCGCAUCUUCUCGUAUACAGUGAGAGUGGACGAGUGAAAGGCGCGAUUGUGCGGGGGUUUGGAGUGAGAUUGCUGCGUUCUGAUGCGGCGAAGGUGCGCGCAAAAACCCCGCAGGCUACGCGUCUGUCAUCUGCAGUGCUUUGAAAAACUCUUGUUAGAGCAUUUGGCCACAUCGAUGGCUGUUUUGCUGUCCCAUGAGUUUGUACUUGUUGAAGAUGAACUUGCACUCACAACUUUAGUGAUUUUGUAAUGAAGAUCUUGUUUUUUCACCCGCACAUCAGGGAUUUGACACAUCAUUUCAUGCUGUCACAUUUGCCGGAGUUGCAGGUACGAUAAAAAGUCACAUUUGUAUUUGAUGAUAGCGCGCAUAAGCCGAACGUUGUGCCAUUAACUAUAUUUUAUUGAAAUGAUUGGGGCUUCUACUUAACUUAAUUCACAGAAUAUUUUUUUUAAAAGUCACUUCUGGUACUGAAACAAAAGCACAAAAUGAACCUGUACAUCUUGAGUCUUUUUCUGACCUUGGAUUUAGCCACGGUGGCCGUCAGUUUAUCCACAUGCAGCACUCUGGACAUGGAUCAGUUCAAAAAGAAGCGGAUCGAGGCCAUCCGUGGUCAGAUACUCAGUAAACUAAAGUUAAACAGUCCUCCCGAGAGCUAUCCCGAACCCGAGGAGGUGUCCAGGGACAUCAUCGCCAUCUAUAACAGCACACGGGACCUGCUGCUGGAAAAAGCCAACGAGCGCGCGGCCACCUGCGAGAGACAGCGCAGUGAAGAGGAGUACUACGCCAAAGAAAUUCACAAGAUAGACAUGCAACCACCCUUCUAUCCUGCCGAGAAUGUCAUCACUCCAACACAUUACAAUCUGUACUUCCGGAGGCUAAUGUUUGAUGUGAGCUCUAUGGAGAAGAAUGCCUCAAACCUGGUGAAGGCAGAGCUCAGGAUCUUCAGGCUGCAGAACUCAAAGGCUCGUGUGUCUGAACAGCGGAUAGAGCUUUAUCAGAUUUUAGGUCAUAAAGACCUCACCUCACCCACGCAGCGAUACAUCGACAGCAAGGUGGUGCGCACCCGAAGGGAGGGGGAGUGGCUUUCUUUCGAUGUGACGGAAGCAGUCAGCGAGUGGCUACUACACAGAAACAGAAACAAUGGAUUCAAGAUCAGCCUGCACUGUCCCUGCUGCACAUUUGUGCCGUCAAAUAAUUACAUCAUCCCCAACAAGAGCGAAGAGCUGGAGACACGCUUUGCAGGUAUAGAUGACAGCAUAUUGCACGGAUCGGAUCUGAAGUAUAAGAGGCGCCGUAACAGUGGCCAGUCUCCACACCUUCUCCUGAUGUUACUUCCAUCAUACCGUCUGGAGUCCCAGCACAAGAGCCACAGACAGAAACGAGCUCUUGAUGCAGCCUUCUGCUCCAGGAACGUGCAGGAUAACUGCUGUUUACGCUCUCUCUACAUCGAUUUCAGGAACGAUCUGGGCUGGAAGUGGAUCCACGAACCGAAAGGUUAUAACGCCAACUUCUGUGCAGGGGCCUGUCCGUAUCUGUGGAGCGCAGAUACUCAGCACAGCAAGGUUCUCGGCCUCUAUAACACCAUUAAUCCAGAUGCCUCUGCGUCUCCAUGCUGUGUGUCUCAGGAUCUGGAACCCCUCACGAUCCUUUACUUCAUCGGCAAAACUCCCAAAAUCGAGCAGCUCUCCAACAUGAUUGUCAAGUCCUGCAAGUGCAGCUAGGAACGGAUCACCUCCAUUAUCACCAACACACAUUCACACACACAAAAACCCGCAAUAAGACACACAGACAUGCUGUGGGCGGACUGUCAAGGUACAACAGAAUAAUGUUCCUAUGACAAGUACACACCCUCAAAAACACUCAGAAACCAAUAUGAUACAUUGUGUGUGUUGUGUGUGGAUUUGCAUACUUGUGCUGGAAACAGGCCCUAACGGCAUGUGUCACAUCACACACUCAUCAGUCUAUGGAUGUGAGUUUGGCAAACACUGGAAGUAUGUGAUAGGUAUCUAUAUGUGAAGCAAGGGGAAGAGAAAAUCCCUUGUUCCAACAUUUAUUUCAAACAAAUACUUCUUUCUGUUAUUUUGGCAUUGUUGUUAUUGUCAUUGUUGAUUUUGUUUCCCUCAAGAAUAAAGAUCUUUUUGUUAAUAUUUAAACCCAUGAUUUUAUUACCAGAUGUAGUGACCAACCUCGGUGACUAGGUGUCCAAUAUAGUUCACCUCUACUGGCAAUGAGCAAAAAACGUCUGGAAAAAAUUUGUGGCAAACUGUUUGGUUCGCUGCAUAUUUACCACAAAUGAAGUUCAAGAUGGCCACAAGUUUUUGCAGGGGGUUGGAGCUGGGGUAGAACAGCAAGGCCUGUUAUUUAGAGCAACCAAGGAAGUUUUGUUUAUUGUAAAACAGCCCUUUAGGACAGUACCUAAGUAUGCAAAAAACACGGGCUUGGCCAAUGAGUCCCAUUCUUCUUUAGUGGUAGCAAACCUUACUUCUCAGCAGGGCGAUAUAGGUACCUUAAAAAGUCUGAGCUUUAAACUGCAUGUUUUACUUGAGUUAAACAUGUCUACAGUCAACUAAUUCAAACUGACUUGCUCAGCAACAGUCUCUUUAAGCUCCGUCACCAGAGAAUCUCACCUACAUGCAAAAAAUUACUGCAAAAAGAAGUUUACGCUAUAGUGCCACUUGCAGUAACGUUACGAAUGCAAACCUCAGAAUAAUUUAAAUCUGAACUUAUCUUUCACAGUGGAACUGAUCUUGCAGGCCAGUUGUGAGUGCAACACUGGGAGAAAGCAGCAGAUCUUGAAUAACGUUGUGAGACUUUAUAGUACAUAUGUUUUAAAAUACAGAAAGUGCUUGGAGACUGUUAUAAUGCUCCUCUCCAAAACUUAUUCUAAAAAUGAUCAUAUUCCAGGAUCAAUUAAAAUGCAAAUCUCACCUUUUACCUCUUACGCUUUCUGCAGGCACAAACAGCACAACGUUCAUAAAAAAGGUGCAUACUUUAAUGGCUAAUUUAUUUAGAAUGGAGACUUGGGGCCAGUUGCAUAAACAAAGUCACUAAAUUGAGACAGUGGAUUAGCAACUUGUCUCACUUACUAGCAAUAAAUUAGGACUAACUAGUCUUACUUUUCAGAUUUUAAUAAAACCAAUCUACCUUUUUAUGUAACUGAUUUGAAGAAGUUAUGACCCACUUUUUUUGAUGAAUAACACAUAAGACUAGUCUACUCAGUUUGUGCAACCGGCCCAUGCUGAUCUUGAUGCAGAUUUGAUCAUUAGUUGCUUAUCACCGUGACAGUACAGGUGCAGGGUGUGAUGAAGGAGGUGGUGUCAUGAGACAGAUUAAGAGGCUGGGGUCAAAACAGGUAAUUCACAUUGAUGCAUGAAAUGAGGUAGUUGAUGAAUCUGAGAUGAUGCAAAGAUGAUUGUGAAAGGUAGAUAUUGAAGAAUGUGAAGACAUAAAAGAGACUUAGAGUAAGUGUAAAUCAUGAGGGAUGGGUAACCCGGGUGUGUCCUGUUGCAGCAGCUUCACAAAUGCACUGCAACAGCCACAAAUGCUCACGUACACCUCUCAAGGCGUCUUUCUGAAUUUGUGAUUUUGAUUGCUCUCAUUGGAAAAGAAAUCGUAUAUUACAAAUAAUUGCACUGAAUAUUUUAUUUCUACCUUUUUUAUUUGUAACUAUUGUUUGUUGUUUUUAUUCGUAGUUAUAGCUUCACCCAAUGUAUCAUGAGCUGUGAUGUGAAUGGCAUACAGGUGAAGGUUCCUCUUAUUCUAAUCAAUUUAAAAGAGCAACCUUCACCAAUGCCCAGGAUUUUUGGUGACACUUAUUUUAUUUUACAAGGGCAAGAAAGCCAGUGGACUUCCUGGAAAUACAGGAAGUGGAAGGAGACACCAUCAUUAUCGCACCAGAGCUGUUUAUUGUUAAUGUUGUCUAUGAUGAUGUUGAUAUUGUUGACCCACUAUGAUGUAUUGUAACACAUUACUGUUGUGGUGCUCUAGUGGUAAAUAAAUUAUUUAAGUGACAAAGGGA